ACUCUGAAGGUUCCCCGGCGUCCAGACGGCUGAUUAGGGUCGUGUCGGGACCUCUGCUCAGGGCCCAGCCAGGUAGCCAUCCCUUGGUCUGAAUGGGGAAUGAAAUCUUCUGACAUCUCAGAACAGAACGCUUUUUCUUCACCAUGGAGGACAAGAGACAGCGAGCCCGAGUGCAGGGAGGCUGGGCUACACCUACCAAGAGCCAGUCUGCUACUCAGCCAGCUUCCCCUGCUAGGAGCCGUCUUUCCCAGACCGCGGGGCCAGCCUGGAGGAGCAAGGAACAGCAGCAAUGUGACCGACAAUUUGUGUUCAAAGAACCUCAGCUGGUUGUCCGUGCAGCCCCAGAACCCAGAGUGAUUGACAGGGAGGGUGUGUAUGAAAUCAGCCUGUCACCUACUGGUGUGUCUAGGGUGUGCUUAUAUCCUGGCUUUGUGGACUUGAAGGAAGCUGACUGGAUCUUGGAGCAGCUUUGUAAGGAUGUCCCCUGGAAACAGAGGAUGGGCAUCAGAGAGGAUGUAACUUAUCCGCAACCAAGACUUACAGCAUGGUAUGGAGAGCUUCCUUACACUUACUCGAGAAUCACUAUGGAACCAAAUCCUCACUGGCUUCCUGUGCUGUGGACUCUGAAGAGCCGCAUUGAAGAGAACACCAGCCACACCUUCAACUCCUUGCUGUGUAAUUUUUACCGGGAUGAGAAGGACAGUGUGGACUGGCACAGCGACGAUGAACCAUCCCUGGGGAGCUGCCCCGUCAUUGCUUCCCUCAGUUUUGGUGCCACUCGGACUUUUGAGAUGAGGAAGAAGCCCCCACCUGUACUUGCAUAAGAGCCGAGGCAAGUUGCUGUCCUGCAGUGCCGUUGGGUCUCCAUUCAUGCUACUUUAUAGCACAUUGACUUAUUUGGCACCUAUGAUAUCAAGCUCUAUUUCUUGGUGUAAUUUCCAUGUUUAAACGUUUGCUUUGCUUUUGUUUCCACCUAAACUUUGCUUGUUGAUGGUAGAGCAUUCUCAGUCACUGUGUAAGAACCUGACCACAUUCUCCAGGAGCUUUCUUGUGGACUAGAGAGUUGGAGUUGAGCACUAGAUUGCCUGGCCUUUGCUGGGGUCUUUUAGGCAUGGUUAUACAUCUGUGCAUGGAUAGAAGUACUUGGAUCCCAUACCGCAUGUCUGAAGAGAUGUUCUUGCCUGUGUAAGAAUCCUAUAUUACAGAUAGAGGAGGAACAACUGUGUACCUGAUGUCUGUCAGACACUCUUCUUAAGCCGACAGAUUGAACGUCAGCUCUUUUCCAUGUCGGUCCUGGGGUUGUAGAGUAAGCAAGUAAAUAGGUUAGGUGUGCCUGUGAGUAAGCCAAGAUUCCACUCUUCCCUCUCUGGGUUCUUCGUAAUUAUUUGUUUUGCUGCCAAAUGUUUAAGUCUUCAGUGACCAUUAUAUAUAUAUAUGCAGCGCCACCACCCCCUUGUGGAAAAAAGUAGGGGCCUAUUUAUAGAUGGGAACUUAAGAAUUCCCAAAGUAUGCUAUCUGGGUAGUUUCCAUGUACAUCUAGUUCCCAAGUGAUAAACAUGAGCAGUGUGUUAGUGUCCAGAAAUACCCCUUCCUGUCUCCCCUCCCAGCACAGAAGCCCUUCAUUCCCUCUUAGAAAGACCUGUCUCAGGGACUGGGCCUACAGCUCAGCGGUACAGUGCAUAUGCAAGGCCCUGGGUUCUUAGAGCGUAACAGCCAAACCAAGCCAAAGCCCGAUGCAUGGUGAACAAGGAGGGUUUAUGGUAAUCACCUGUUAUGUUGUAGGCUGGUGUGUGGUCAGCAAACAGCACACACAGCAUUGUUUCUGGGUGUGAGUACGUGGAGCAUGAAGUCUAUUUUUCAGAAACCUGGGAAAGUAUAGGUCAUGGAGUAGUGAAAGAGGUCAGGUCCCCUCAGUAUCCCUGGACUACAACUGUGCCAGCUGUGUUAAUGGAACAUAAUUCAUCUCAUAAGUGAGAAAAUUUAUCUGAGGUCUUGAAAUAAAGUUGGCUGCGGAAAUGAGGUCGGGAAGAAACAUAAACAGUCAGUGCUCCAGGUUACUCUGGUAAAGUCUGCCUCACUUUAACUGAUUGAAUUGGGCACAGUUCUCGUGCAUAUUCUCUAUUUUGACUUUUGUUGAAGAUGGAGAAACUGAAUGUUAUUGUGUUUGAGAUUAUAAUCACACAUUGGUGAUUACGGCUUAGAAGUUCCACUCUUGAGUAAACACAGUUCGUGUUUAAA